AAUCGGCCGGCUGCCCUGGAAGCCAAUCGGAGACCAGAUUGAGAAAGGGGCAGGACCAGGCUUUUCGUAACUAAGGCAGCCCCGCAGCCGCCGCUGUCACCGCGGCUUCUGCCUCUGCCUGGCUGGGAAGAUGACGGUGGGGAGGCCUGCGGGAGCCCCCGGCGACGCGGCGCGGAGCCGUCAGGUGUUUCCCCCCAGGUCCUCCUCGGACACAGAGGCCGAAGAGGAGCUCCCUGGGCACAGGCUGGCUUGGCCCAGGGCUGGCAGGCUCGCCGAGUUCCUCAGCCCAGAGCAGGAGACGGAUUCGGCCUCGGCCUCUGCCUCGGAUGAGAACUUGCAGGUGCUGGCGCAGAAGGGCGGGUGGGGCCUGCUGGAGUCUCUCUUUCAGUCGGAGGCAGACAGCGACGAUGACGAGGACCUGGAGCGCUUCUUCCAAGAGGGCAGGGGGAAACCACAGGUGGCGCAGCGCCCACCUGCCAGGCGUGGCUCCGCGAGGCGCUGCAGCUCCCUGGGCAGCCUCCCCUCGCACCGCGCCGGGGCUCCGCUCCCGCCGCCCUCGGGCUCCACACCUCCGUCCCAGCGCAGAAGCGUCAGCUCCUGGGCCGCCUCCAUCACCGUCCCCCGGCCCUUCCGCAUGACGCUGCGCGAGGCCCGGAAGAAGGCGCAGUGGCGGGCCUCGCCCGCCUCUUUUGAGCAGGAGAGGCAGCGGGCCCAGCGGCAGGGCCAGGAGGAAGCCGAGUGCCACCGGCAGUUCCGGGCGCAGCCUGUGCCCGCGCACGUCUACCUGCCCCUCUACCAGGAGAUGGUGGCGCGCAGCGAGGCCCGCAGGCAGGCGGGGAUCCGGAAGAGGAAGGAGCUGCUCCUGGCGUCUCUGAAGCCCUUCAGCUUCCUGGAGAAGGAGCAGCAGCGACAGGAGGCCGCUCGGCAGAGAGACUUGGCUGCCACAGCCAAGGCCACGGGCCCCCAGCAGAAGGCCGCCAGACGGAUCCCCAAGGCCGUUCUGGAGCCAGCCCUUGGGGACAAACUCCAGGAAGCUGAGCUGCUCAGGAAAAUUCGCAUCCAGAUGCGAGCCCUGGACACGCUCCGCAUGGCCUCCUCCCCAGUCCAGGCCACCGGCAGCCAGGCUGCCCCACGGCGCCGGACAGCCAGCCGCACCCAGGAAGCAAAGCUGGGGUUUCUGCAGACGGACUUCGAAUUCCAGCCUCGGGUGAACCCGGCGGUGCCCGACUACGAGGGCCUGUACAGGGCCUUCCAGAGGAGAGCUGCCAGAGGGCGGCAAAGCCGGGAGGCCACUCGCAGCAAGCCCUUCCUGCUGAGGACUGCCAACCUGCGUCACACCCAGCGGCCCUGCGCCACCGCCACCACCACCGCCGCCGGGACAAGGGACUGCCCCCCGCCGCCGGCUGCGCCGCUACUGAGGAGUCGCUCUCUGGGCGGCCUCGCCUCGCUCUCUGCCAACACCCUCCCGGUGCACAUCACCGAUGCCACCAGGCAGAGGGAAGCUGCGGUCAGAAGUUCACUUGAAAAAAAGGACAAAGCAGAUGAGAGUAUUCAGUGGCUGGAGAUGCACAAAAAGAAGUGGCAAGCAAUGUCUAAAUCUGUGACCUUGCGUGCAAAAGCCAUGGAUCCCCAUAAAAGCCUGGAAGAGGUGUUAAAAGCAAAGCUGAAAGAGAACCGGAAUAAUGACCGUAAAAGAGCAAAAGAAUAUAAGAAAGAAUUGGAAGAAAUGAAGAGGAGAAUACAAACAAGGCCCUACCUCUCUGAACAAGUCACCAAGAACCUUGCCGUGAAAGCAGCAGAACAACGGUAUCGAGACACCCUGAGCCAGGCUGGGCUGGAGGAGGACUUUGUGCGGGACAAGGGUCAAGACAGCAGCACUGCCCAGGGGGAGGAGGAGGAUUCGCCCAGCACCUGUGAAAUUCUAAAACUCAGCAUUAGAGACCCACAGCAGGCUUCUGAAGAAUCUCCAGGAUGGGCCACAAAUCCCAAGAAAGGACUAGAGGAACUAAAUUACAAAUCGCCAGACAACCUCAAAUCACUUGCUUAAUCAGUACACUUAAAAUUGUACUUUUGAGCACUGGGACCACUUUGUUCCAGGGUGUUAUUUUCCUGAUAAAUCUUCAUGUUACAGUGAAGCAGAAAACCGUAGGAAUAGGUAUCACUCAUUAAGGAAUGUGUAUAAAGGAACUUCAAUGCUGAUAGCUUGCUGUGACAGAACAGUCCCCCAACUCACAAGAUCCCAACACCCAGGCUCCUUUCAAGCUGGGCCCAAGCUUAGCUUAAAGGAAGGAUGCUCUAUCGCUUCUCGGCCUUUUGGCUAAGAUCAAGUGUAGGAAGGGUGCUCUUGUCAAAAGCUAAAGAAAUCAAAGUGGAGAAUUUUUCAGAUCCUCUAAACUAGGUUCUUUAUCAUUCUCCACGUAAGUCACCACAGAAACAAAGUAAGGACAAGAGACAGCUUUACCUCCUGUGGGUUUACUGCCGUCAAGACAGAAACCUCGUAAGACUGCCUCCCUGACUGCAUGGUCACCAAGUGAUGUGUCACAUCAGGCACUGAAGUCAGGGCACGUGGAGAUCCUUCGGCAAGCACCUCUAUGGAACAGCAGAAAAACGUCUGAACGGAAAGUGAAUCCACAGAUAUACCUACCUGCACCAUCAAGCCUCUCAUUAGGAACUUAACAAACCUCCCCCAAAGAUGGAUUCCCACAUUCCCCUAUUUCUCCCAAGUUAAUUCCUCUUAUCAGAUUACCAUCAGUAAAUUUCAGAAGUACUACCUAAGGAUGGGAAGAAAAGGCAAGAAACGUUGAUAUGGGAGUUGAGCCCUUUUCAAUGGAUCAGUUUAGAGUGCGUCAGCUUUGUUACCAGGAUUAAAACCGUGUAUGAAACAGGGUAAAGGCUGCUUAUGGCAGACAUCGGGGGACCAGAGCCAGCCCCUGAAGCAGUCACCAAUAAUACCAACAAUGCAAUAACUGCUGGUCAGUGUCCCUUCCUCUCCUGGGACUUUUUUCAAGGCUGGCAAACCAGCUCCACACAAUUUCUGUGCCUCAUGUUUGGUUAUUCACUAAUAUUUGUGGAACAGAAGAGGUAAUAGUCAAUAGCACACUGACACACACUUACACCCAAAACUGACUGAGUAGGAGAUGAGUAACAAACACAGGUUCUCACCCUUAGUAACUGCUCAUCACUGGGGUCACCAUGAGAGUCUUCUGGAAAUAGCCCACAGAGAAAUGACGUGGCCCUCAAACCACUCAGAAGUUUCUUCUAGGAGCUUCUGGUUUCAUCUGCUCUUUCACACUGUGCAUAUGACUUAAUGUUUGCUGAUGUGCUAUACUCACUGUUGUUUCCUAUAUAUUUCUAAGUUUUGACUUCUCAACUGGAUUUUAAGAUACUUUUUUGCCUUUCCCAUGGUGCCAGGCACACAAUAGGCACUGAAUAAAUGCAUGCUGACCUCACCUGUUAAGUUUGUCAGAGAAGAGGGCCUGGCCUGUGUAACUUGGGUGAAAUUUCUAUACCAGAGAGGAGCCAACUGCUUGCUAGAGAGCCCUUUCUUUCUCCAGAGGAUCUGGCUUUUGAAGGUAUGGAGAAACUGCUUUAUAUCUCCUCAGUAAAACCUGGUUAUGUUCUGUUUAAAUGUUUUAAAAGUUAAGUUCUUCCAUAACUGCAACAGGAAAGACAGAAAUAGUUGGGCUAUGAUGCUGGAAGGAUUACAGAUGUUUUUCCCUUUCAAAAUUUUUUUCUGUUUAUUCUUUUGCUACAUCAUCUUCAAUGAAUUUUUUAAUGUUUAGAUUCACUGAUCCACCCCAUAGAACAAGAAUACAAAUACUACUCAGUCAUCCCACAGCUACUAGCAUAAAAUGAGAUGCAAUAGAACCUUCAUUCUGAAACACCACUUUCUUAGCCCCUAACUGCAGCCCAUCUUCCCCAAAUAAAGGAGAGCUGUAAGUCUUACCAUCAUCAACUCCCAGGAUAGAAUUGGUAUUUGGUAGGUUCAAGGACUCUCCACCAAGGCUGGGCUGGGAAUUCAUAGACACCAGGUUUUUACUGGGAACUGAAGCCUCUUCAAGCAAACUACUGCCCAUGAGUGGCUCAGCUGCACAGAGAACAGGAUGUGAGAGAAUACAGCAGUCAAGGCUGGGCCUGGUCCUCCUCUUCCUACACAAGAAGCUGGCCUGCUCUUUAGAACUGGAAGUUAACCUGUAUCUGGGAUGCCUUCUCCUUUCAGGAAAUGAGAAUGAA